GAAGCUAUGAUGACGAAAGUUGAGCUCAUUUAUCGUCUGUUGUGUCUGGAGGUUGAGUCAAUAUUCGGCAUAUCCUAAAAAAAUGCAUUGUGUGCAUUGUCCGGUUUUAUUCUCUUCGUGAAGUUUUGUUUCAGUUGACGUUUCCGGCCGGAAGUUACGGAGGCGUCCAGUGUUAGCUUAGUUUGUUAGCUUAGCCUGUUAGCUGGAAGCAGACUGUACUGAGGAACAGUGGGAAUCAGAGACACUUUGACACUUUGAUGGAGAACAGACUGUGCUUCUGGUGGAGUUUAAGGAGAUAAAGGUUUUUUGCAGUGAUUAUGUAAAAACCUCAGAGGGUCUCAACGUUGAAGACAACAGAGAUGGAGGAACCAACAUACAGUGAUGACGUCCAGCAGCUGCUGGUGUUCAGGAAGGAGGACCCACAGGUUAAAGAGGAACAGGAUGAGGCUGAGAUCACAGAGUUUGUUUUCAAUCCUAUAGAGAACAAAGAUGAUGAAGACUUAUCUCAGGCUUUGGAGCUUCAUCACAGCCAGACUGAAGAGAACAGGGAGCAUGGGGCACCAAAUUUGCAGUCAGAUAACAAAGACAAACCUCCAGAGUCCUCAAAGAAAGAGGUCAUUGAGGAAGACUGUGGGGAGAGCAAUGGAUCUUCAUCGGGUGAUGUAAAUGCUAAGAAGUUUUACAGCUGCUCUGAAUGUGGGAAAACCUUCAACAGCAGGCCGUGUCUGGUAAGACACAGCAGAAUCCACUCUGAAGAAAAGCCCUUCAGUUGCUCCUUCUGUGAACAAAAAUUUAGCAGGAGGGAAAGUGUCACUCGGCACAUGAGGUGUCACACCGAGGAAAAACCUUUCAGCUGCUCGGUUUGUGGACAAAGGUUCAGCAGGAAGGAGAGUCUAACCUAUCACAUGACCUACCACACUAAGGAAAAACCUCACAGCUGCUCCGUCUGUAACAAAGCUUUCACUUCAAAAAGAAAUUUGAUGGAGCACGGGAGAAUCCACACGGACGAAAGACCGUUCAGCUGUUCCAUCUGUAAGGCGACGUUUAAGCGGAAAUACACGCUAGUGGAACACACUAGAAGUCACACUGGACAGAAGCCGUACCGCUGCUCGGUCUGCAGCCAGAGCUUCAGUCACGGCAUAAGUCUAACUCGUCACAUGAGGUGUCACACAGGACAGAAACCUUACAGCUGCUCCAUCUGUAAGGCUGCUUUCAAACUGAAAAACGCUCUGAUGGAGCACACAAGAAUCCACACAGGAGAGAAACCCUUCAGCUGCUCAGUUUGUAAAGCCGCAUUCAGGAGGAACCAGGAUGUUGUGAAGCACACAAAGAUCCAUGCAGGUUUCCAGCAGCUGUUGGUGAUCAAAGUGGAGCCUUCCCCUGAGGAGAACAACUGGACUCCCAGACCGGACCAGGACCGCUCCAACCCUCCACAAAUUAAGGAGGAACAGGAGGAGACUGAGAUAGAAGAGCUCAGAGCACCAACCGUCCCUGUAAAGAGCAAUGAUGAUAAAAAGAAACUGCAGUCAUCACAAAUUCAUCACAACCAACCUGAGAAGAGCAGAGACUUUGUGAGCUUAGAACCGAGUCUAGAUCCUCAUUUAGAGUCAUCCAAAAACAAAGAGUCCGGUUUAAACUCUCUAAAGAACGGCUCUGUUAGUGAAACAACAUGCGACAGAGGUAAGAAGUUACACAGCUGCUCCGAGUGCAGUAAAACCUUUAACCACCGGGCGGAUCUGUCGAGACACAACCGAGUCCACACGGGAGAGCGACCCUUCAAAUGUUCUGUUUGUAACGCAGCGUUUAGAAGAAAGUACACGUUGGCAGAACACACGAGGACCCACACUGGAGAGAAGCCGUACAGCUGCUCCCUCUGCGAGCAAAGCUUUGGCCGCAAGUCCAGCCUGACCUGUCACAUGAGCUGUCACACGGGAGAAAUACCUCUCCACUGUUCGGUUUGUGGACUGGAGUUUCGGGAUAAACGGGACCUUGUGGAACACACGAAAACCCACACAUGGAAAAGAUACAUGCUGAACAGGAUGGGUUUGGCCAGAGGAAAUCUUUCCUCUUCUGGCUGUGAAAUCAGGAGUUUGAGAAGAGCCAAACUGGGAAGGUGAGAUGACUGGGUGAAAGCAUCUCUAAAACGUCAGCCCUGCCUGGUGGUUCCCAGUCUGAAGUGGUCAUCAGUAAAAUGUGGUGUAAGGAAGGAACGAGUGAUCUCCUGUUGGUAGAUAUUAUUUAUUGGAGUCUCAUAACCCCUCUUCUUUACAGUAGACUGAAGUAGAUUAGAUGAAAAUAACUUUAAACCAUCAGUUGUCAGAAUGGGAACAAAAUGUCCCAUGGCAGACAGCUCCUCUUCUUACCCUAAGAACGGUGAAGGGGUGAAAGGAGCAGCACCCAGUGAUCUCCAGCAGAAAACUCGCUGCUCCUUCAUAAGAAAAAUGACAAAUUUUUCCUACAUUACACAUUUGGGUGUUUUAUAACAUGUUACAUGAAACGUAAAGCUGCUAAAUCCCUGUACCUAUAAAAACCUUUUUAUCCAAGUAGAGAUGGGCAACAUGGACCUAAAUAUUUAGCACAAUAUCUUGUGCUAUUUAUUGCAUUGAUCACAUGAGGGACCUCCAGACAUGCUUGAGCCUCACAAACACAAACGAUGGUCUGAGAAUUAAAUGUUCCCAUCAUCAAACAGUACCUCAAAGCACCAGCUACAUUAACUGAUUAUAUUUGGAAGCAUAGAUGCUGCAUUCAUGCAUGCUUUCUUGUGGGAUAAAGCCUCACCUUCUAAGAACUUAUGUUUGAGUUCCUCUGUCAGGUUUAUGUUGCUGGUUGCUGAUUGGCUGAGCUCCAUGAUUGGUCGCUCAGGACUGUCUGCCCACUGAGGACAAAUUAAAGCUUUCUCUUUGGUCUCUGAUUGCACUUCCCUCAUCCAAUCAGGGAAGACUUCGGGCACUGGGCAUGGCUGUGAUUAAUUCAUUAAUUAAUUUAGUCUAGACCCAGCAUUAGUCCAUCCUUACUGCUGUGUCCAGUGUUUUUCAUCUCUGAGGCAUGUUAACAGCUGUUUUCAGUUAGUCGUGUACAUUUCUACAACUACCUUUAAAUUAACUAGUUAAAAAAAUAGUUUUUCUUUUAUGAAGCUCACGACUCAGCAAACCAGAGUUGGUAAUUUCAUUUUCAUCUUGGAUUUAGUAGAUUUAGACUUGUGUUUUUUACUUAAAAUUUCCUUUUUUGAUUGUUAACCUACCUUUUUCUUCUGUUUUCUGAUUAAUCAAGUUUUAAUGAACCAGUUUCAUAUUUUCUUUAUUAUUUCAAUUAGGUGUAAUGCAGCCUCCUCUUCUUCCUCCCUGAUCUGGGUCAAAUAUUUGAGAAUAAAGAUUUGAAGACCACUGUUUUAUCAAAAACUUUGCA